ACUUCCAGACAAAGCCAGAUCCACACAAAAUGGCGGCCCCCAGCCAAAGUUUGUGCACGCUUCUCGUAAGAAAUUUACCGCCGGACGCAAAAGAAAACAAGCUAGAAGAACUGUUCGCCGAUAUUGGACCCAUUAAGCGAUGCUUCAUUGUCCGCGACAAGACACAACAAUCCGUGUGCAAGGGCGUUGCGUAUGUUACGUACGCCAGCUCUGCCGAUGCAGAGACCGCCGUGGAACGGAGUCGGCAACGCAGUUUGAAGUGGGGCGACCGUGUUCUUGCUGUCAAAGCUGCUGCUCCCAAGGCAUCCCGUGAACCGGUGAGUGAGGAUACAGCACCGAAGAAGAGGACUUUCACGAAAGAAGAGAAAGCUGCGAGAAAGAAGAGGAAGCCGAGACUGAUCGUCCGCAACCUCUCGUUCAAGGCAACGGAGAAAACACUGCGCGAUUGCUUUUCUAAGUACGGAAAUGUCGUCGAGGUCAACAUUCCGAAGAAGUCAGAUGGAAAAAUGCGUGGUUUUGCAUUUGUGCAGCUUGAUGAGACCAAGAGCGCUAUCAAAGCGAUAAACGGCCUCAAUGCGACCGAGGUAUUGGGACGGCCAAUCGCUGUCGAUUUUUCCCUUCCCAAGGCAACGUACCAGCAAACGACGACAAAUAGCGCAAGUGCUACGACUGACACUGCUGACGAAGGGGGAGGCUCAGCUUUGCAGCAUGAGGAAAGUGACGAGAUGUCGGAUGACGAUGCUGAAAGCCACUCGUCGGGAGCUUCCGGAUCUGGUGAGGGCUCCGAGCACGGCUGCUCAGACAUCGACGAAGACAGCGGCGAUGAUGACAGCGAAUGCAGCGGGGACGUCGAGCCUGAUCGGCGCCCAAAAGGCGAUACAAAGAACACAGUGUUUAUUCGAAACGUGUCGUUCGACAGCCAGCAGGAGAGUCUUGAAACAUUGAUGAAACAGUUUGGCCCGUGUCGGUAUUGCCUUCUGUGCACAGAUGUAGAUACUGGCCGCUCCAGGGGCACGGCAUUCGUCCGCUUUGUCCAAGAUUCAAGCGUAGAUGCAUGCCUUGAAGCGGCUGCUUCAUCUGCAGGCAUUAUGCUAGACGGCCGCCGGCUCGAUGUGAUCCGAGCUCUCAGUCGGGACGAGCUGGAGGAGAAACAGAAGGAGAAGAAAAAGCAAAAGAAGGACCGCCGCAACCUGUACCUGGCCCGAGAGGGUCUGGUCAGGCCCGGCACCGAGGCUGCACAAGGCGUCUCGCCACAGGACAUGGCCAAGCGGGCCAAGCUGCAGGCGCGCAAACGCAAGCUACUAGCCAAUCUUCAUUACUUUGUGUCGCCCACGCGGCUCAGCGUGCACAAUCUGCCGCCUUCCGUGGACGAUCGGAAACUGCGGGCACUGUUCCUGGAGAACGCGCCCCACGGCGCGCGCAUCACUGAAGCACGCGUUAUGCGGAACCUCAAGUCUCCAACCGCCGAGUCCUACGGUUACGGUUUUGUCACUUUCACUAGGCACGAGGAUGCAUUGGCCGCUUUUCGGGAACUCAACAACAAUCCCGCCACUUUUGGACCGAAGAAAAGGCCAAUCAUCGAAUUUUGUCUGGAAAAUAAGGCAGCACUGGUGGCCAAGGAGCGCAGACUGCAGAGGAGCAAACAGAAGCUGAAAGAGCUGCACGAGAGUCAUGUUCAAGAGCAGAGGCCAGCUGACAUUCCUAUGGAAAAGAAGACAGCCUUCAUGGGUGCAGCCGCAAACCGAAAAAUGAAGGGUUUGCCAACGCAUUCUGGGCCGAAGGUACGGACUAAGAAAGGUCGUGCUGGCAAGCAAAACCCACAACCUAAGAACAAAAAGGGCAAGAGGAAGCUUAAACAGAAACAAAAAACAUUUGUCAAGAAUCCACGGACGGAGAAGGACAGUUUCAGCACAAUGCUUGACAAACACAAGAAGGUGCACUCAAAGCAGACUCCUACAUUGCAUAAAACAAAGUGGUUUCAGAAUCAAUAAAUAUGUGAGGCUGCUAGUAAA